AUGGCAACAUCAGCACUCCCAGGUUGGCAUCCAGGCGAGCUUUCCAUACAACGGAAACUUGGAUUUGCAGAUGCAGUGAAGAGUAAUUGGCAGAAUGUCCGCAGAUUCAUGCCUGAGCAGCAUCGUAUCUUCCAUACUCAUAAUCUUCCCUUUAUCCCGGUCGCUACCGUGGAUGGAACGGGUCGUCCGUGGGCGGCAAUAGUCGCUGGGACUUCAGGAGGGAUCGGAUUUGUACAGAGCCCAGAUCCGCAAACUCUUAGCGUCCAUGCACGGCUCUGGGAGGGGGAUCCUCUGUUGGAUACGGUGAGAGGGUUGACUGCGCUAGGAGGCAAAUUGCAGGCUGCUUCGGAAAGGUUCUUGCUAGCUGGACUUGGAGUCGAGUUCUCCACGCGGCGAAGAAACAAAUUUGCAGGCUACAUAAAGGAAGUCAAACAUUUGGAGGGCUCCGAGUAUCAAAUUGACGUGAAUGUCACAGAAACGGUCGGGAACUGCCCCAAGUAUAUCAAUGUCCGCUCACUAGUUCCUUGCCCGCGUACGCAACCAACAGUUUUGUAUCAUCGACCCCACAUGGCUCCGUCAGAACGAUUGCCGGAAGAAAUCAUCCAGUUCAUCCUCGAAGCAGACACGGUAUUCGUCGGCACAAAAUCCAAGCCAGAAACGUCACCAGCCGGACAUUUCGUACCGCAUGCCGGUAUGAACGCACGGAGUGGCCUGCCUGGAUUCCUGCGAGUCAGACCUAGCGACGGCCGUACGAUAGUCAUGCCAGACUACUCGGGAAACAGAUACGUCUCCAGCCUGGGGAACAUUGAAUCAACAGGCCUGGCCGCAUUUACUGUGGUAUCCUUCACAACUGGCGAUAUCCUUUACAUAACCGGCAGAGCCGAGAAUUUAGUCGGGCCCGCAGCACUUAAGAUCAUGGCCCGACACACCGUCAUCACGACCAUGCAGGUGACCGGGUUCAUGUUUGUCCAAAACGCCCUCCCCGUCCGCCAGAAAGUAGGAACAACAGUUGAGCGCAGCCCAUACAGUCCCAAGGUCAAAUACUUGGUCGAAGAAGCGGACGCCCAAGGCGAUGACAAUGGUCAGCACAAGGCAGUCCUUGAAAAGGCGGUUCAGCAUACCUCUGAUCUUGCAACUUUUACUUUCAAGGUUGUAGCGAAGCCUGGAGCUAGGGACUUGCGGAUUCGGCCUGGACAGGCUAUUGUUCUUGAUUUCAUGGAUUGGAUCGGACCGCCGGAGUACCACCACAUGGCGGACUCUGCCCCAUCGUCGAUCAAUGAUGACCGCGUGCGUACCUGGACUGUAUCAAGCGCGCACGAAUCGAAGGAUGUCGCGUCAUUUGACUUAACGAUGCGGGAAAUGAAGGCCGGUGCAGUGACCGGUGCUUUAUUUGACUUGCUGAGGGAACAUCCAUCCAAUAAAUGGGGCACUCCCAUCUAUUUUCGAUGGCUCAGUCACCACAAGCUGGAUUUACUUUGGGUUGCUGGAGGAAUCGGCGUAACGCCGUUUCUAUCCAUGUUUGCUGCACUUGCAGACCGCGGUCUCUCUGUCGAUGCCAACAUUACGUUACUGCUUUCAACUAGGGAGUCAGAGGCCAUGCUGUCGCUAAUUUGGCCUUUGCUUAUGAGAAUCUCACCCGCUAUCACGGUUAAAAUAGACGUGUUUACCAGUGUCGGUCCAUUUGAAGCCAGAGAUAUCGGAAUGCGGAAUGUGCAAGUCUAUAUCCAUCGAGGCCGAGUCGGGUCAGACUACUGGUUGAAUAUUCCGAUGUCAAAAAAGGUCUUCAUAUGCGGUCCAAAUUCGUUUGGGGAUUCUGCUACGGAGGGCUUGAGGGCUGCUGGGCUGCCCAUGUCAGAAAUCCAUAGGGAGGGUUUCUUCUAA